AAUAAAAAUCCUAACUUUUCUUCACAAAUUUCUCUCUCUCGGUUGCUCCUCCGUUGCGCCCUCUCUCCCACUCCCCACACCCAUGACUCGACAAGACCCUCUCGCCUCUCCUCGCUCCGUUCGGCGUCCGCCUCGGCUCUUCCUCUGUCUUCAUCAACCGCGGUCCGGCUCAUCCACGGCGGAUUUCCGAUUCUGGGUUUUUUUGGUGACCAAUCGAGCGGCCUGUGGCUGGAGGCGCAAGAAGGGAGCGAGCAAGGACAAGAGUAAGCGUCAGUUGACGCCCGCGCUCCCUCUGCCCACUCCUCCCCUCGCCAAGUUUCAGAUCGGGCUAUGCCAACUUUCGGUGACGGCGGAUAAAGAGAGGAACAUUGCCCAUGCUCGCGACGCGAUUCGGGAGGCCGUGGACAAGGGCGCUCAGCUUGUUCUCUUGCCCGAAAUAUGGAACAGUCCCUAUUCAAAUGAUAGCUUCCCUGUUUAUGCUGAGGACAUUGAUGGAGGUUCAUCUCCUUCAACUGCUAUGUUAUCUGAAGCUGCUAAGGCCUUGAAGGUUACCAUAGUGGGCAGUUCAAUCCCAGAAAGAUGUGGUGAUCGAUUGUACAACGCUUGCUGUGUUUUUGGUUCCAUUGGAGUGCUGAAAGCCAAGCACCGCAAGACGUUGGACGUAUUGGUAUAGGCAUCUGUUAUGAUAUUCGGCUUCAGGAAUUGGCAAUGAUUUAUGCUGCAAGAGGUAGGUUUCGUUUCCUCUUCGUCUAUUUUGCAUUUCCUACAAUGUUG